UCCACUGCAGAGAUGGCUGACCCAGAGCAAAAAAGAAAAGAAGAAUUCCUGAAAAGUCAAGAGGCUUUCAGAGAAAAUGCCUUCAUUAUUAUCAAGAAGAUGGAUGACUGGUCUAACAUGACACCACGAAGUAAACACUUAGUGGACGAGAUUCUUCACAGCAUCUUCUUUCUGGGAAAAAUCAACCUAGUCCCCUUUUCUCCAGAAGACAUAUUUUGUGAUAGGGAUAUUCUGGAUGCCUUAAAGGAAAAAUAUUCCAGGCCUUUUCAAUUUUAUGAUAAGCAGCUUCCCAGGCGGAGUCCGUUCUCCUGUGUGCUCGACAUGAUUGUCCUGCAGAAAAAAACAGAGAAUGAAGAGGAAAUAAAGAAGAGUCUGCGAGAUCUCAUCAAAGACUUGAAGGAUGGCAUCUUGGCCUCCUCCACCAUCUGUAUUUCUCAGAAAUCCAAAGCCGACCAAAGUUCGGCACGAUACUACGGCGUCUCCAUGUCCAAAACUUGUCAUAGAAUUACUAGAAAACUUCUGAUUCCUGCCUCCUGUUUGAGCAAAUGGGAUGAAUAUGUAGCUGGUGCUGUGAUGACCUACUGUCCCCACGACAUCAAGAAAAAUUACUUUGAUGGAACCAUUGAAGUACCUGAAAACAUCAGGUGUGAGGCAUUUAGUCUCACUGAUGAUUAUAUAAAGAUGGAUCCAUGCAGAUCAUGUCACAACUUGUUUGGCUUGAACACAGAAGAAACAAAAGAGUGGCCUUAUGGCAACUGUGCUGAACCUGAGAGCCUGAGCAACUUGCUUAAAAGUGAGGAAGUAGUUAAAAAUCACACACGUGUACACCAAAACGCACCUGAAAACUGGCAGAAAGCCAAGACAGAGGUUCUUAAGGAGCUUACGAAUAUGUUGAAAGUAAAGAAUUUCAAAUGGACAGGUGACUUUUACGAACCAUUCUGAGUGUGAGAUAUUGUGAAAAGGUCUGCAUAUGGUGACCUAACCGAUCAGCUUUGAUGUGAUUCUGAUGAAUAAAAGAUAUUCUGCUCCUACAGCAUGAGUGUGGAUUUGCUGCAAUCACAAACAUUAGCACGCUUUAUUAUCUUAAACUGUUU